UAGCAUUUCAAAGAGCCAAGAGUGCCAAACUUUGUACCAAGACACAAUAGCUGGAGUGCAAAAAUGAGAAGCUUGUCUUCUCUCUGCCGGAGUAGCUGGUUAUCGAGGACAAGAAGAGAAGCUCCACACUCAAUCUUAUUCUCAAAUACUCUCUGUACUGACAACAGUGAUGGGGUUCAAAGCUCAAGGAUCAAGAUCUUCGAUCGCCAUUUCAGACGCAAACAGCUUGAUCGAGCUGCUUGGUUGAUGCGCUCGAAGGAUUCUUUUGUUGAUACUGUUGCUGAGAAUCUAUUAGAUCGUUUGGAGGAUUGCAAGAAAACAUUUCCGACAGCAUUUUGUUUGGGAGGUUCGUUGGAAGCUGUCAGGCGUUUGUUACGUGGUCGUGGUGCCAUCGAAAGGCUCAUUAUGAUGUCUACAUCACAUGAUAUGGUAAAACUAUGUAGAGAUGCUGAGCAUGGUGUACAGAGUGAAAACAUUGAAACAUCGUUUAUGGUUGGUGACGAAGAGUUUUUACCUGUCAAAGAAAGUUCUCUAGAUCUGGUAAUAAGUUGCUUGGGCCUUCACUGGACAAAUGAUCUUCCCGGAGCCAUGAUACAGAGCAGAUUGGCAUUGAAGCCAGAUGGCCUAUUUUUAGCUGCAAUUCUUGGUGGAGAAACCUUAAAAGAGCUGAGAAUAGCAUGCACAGUGGCACAAAUGGAGCGUGAAGGAGGCAUCAGUCCACGAAUAUCACCUUUGGCACAAGUGCGGGAUGCAGGCAAUCUUUUGACCAGGGCAGGUUUUUCCCUUCCAGGUGUUGAUGUUGACGAAUUUGUAGUCAGAUAUCCAAGUGCCCUGGAUCUCGUAGAACAUCUGCGUGCCAUGGGUGAAACCAAUGCCCUUUUACAAAGGAACACUAUUCUAAAGAGGGAAACUGCUCUGGCCACUGCUGCAAUUUAUGAUUCAAUGUUUGCAGCAGAAGAUGGCACCAUCCCUGCAACCUUCCAGGGAUCCUGUCAGGGAAGCUUUAUAUUGUGUCAAAGAGUCUCAAUUUGAACCAUUGACCAGAAUGUGUGGUUUGAAAACAUAAGUCCCAAAUUUAAUUGGCUGAGCUUGGCUAGUCAAGUCUGAGUUGUGGAACCUACCUAAGCAUGCUACCCGAAGCACCUUGGAGUUGAGAGAGAGGCCUUGACUUUGUCUUGAUGGAUGCGACUUUGACUUGAUUGUCAUGAUUCUGUCUCGGCUUUGGUUUUAGUGUUGUCAACUGAGAGCUUGGAACAGUCGAUUGUUUAGGGCAUCUUUGUUGCACACAUUUAUGAAAUUUGACAACUUAAAAGGUGGACUAACAAGGUUUUGUAUUCCUCUCAUGUACUGUCUGUGCCAUGGACUUGUCUCAUAAUUAACCACUGAAGGGUGCUCUAUAAUACUUAUGGAAAAUCUUCGAGAAAGACAUCCGGCAUGCUUCUUUUCAUUUAAUCACCACUGUCACAUCGGUGUUUAAGAGGCGUUCUGCACCUUGUUCUCCUUGUAUUAUUGUGCAAUUGCAUAGCAAUCUGACUUGUAUAGAAUGCUGUCCAUUGUACUGCAAUAGUAGUGUAUAAGCAAAGUUUCAUGGCAGCAAGUUUUUGUUGAUUGUAAUUAGUAGGCAGUAGAGACUGCAAUUAGAGCUCGAAUCGCCCAUCAUUUUCUCUGUGUAUUACCACUAAAAAAAGAAAUGGAAAAAUAAGGGGUUCCUUAUAUGUUCAGUGGAUCAAUGCUGGCAACGUGCCUUGAUAAUUAUAUGA